CCGCGCGGAGGAGCGUCGGGGGAGGCGGCGGCGCCCGGCGCUCGGGUCUCGGCGCGGCGGCGGGCGGACUCCCGCGCAGCCCCCCGAGAGGAUGUCGUGGUUUAGCGGCCUCUUGGUCCCCAAGGUGGAUGAACGGAAAACAGCCUGGGGGGAGCGCAAUGGGCAGCAGCGGCCGCGCCGCGGGACCCGCACCAGUGGCUUCUGCACGCCCCGCUACAUGAGCUGCCUCCAGGGUGCGCAGCCGCCCAGCCCAACCCCCGCCACUGCCCCUCGGUGCCCCUGGCAGGAUGAGGCCUUCAUCCGGAGGGGCGGCCCAGGCAAGGGCCCGGAGCUGGGGCUGCGGGCAGUGGCCCUGGGCUUCGAGGACCCUGAGGUGGCUGUGGCCGUCGGAGCAGCGGAGGCGGCCCCCGCCGUGGCCACCAGGAGCAGGCGGGCUUGCUGGCGCCAGCUGGUGCAGGUGUUCCAGUCGAAGCAGUUCCGCUCGGCCAAGCUGGAGCGCCUGUACCAGCGGUACUUCUUCCAGAUGAACCAAAGCAGCCUGACGCUGCUCAUGGCGGCGCUUGUGCUGCUUACAGCCGUGCUGCUGGCUUUCCACGCAGCGCCCGCCCACCCUCAGCCCGCCUAUGUGGCCCUGCUGGCCUGUGCCGCCACCCUCUUCGUGGCACUCAUGGUGGUGUGCAACCGCCACAGCUUCCGCCAGGACUCCAUGUGGGUGGUGAGCUACGUGGUGCUGGGCAUCCUGGCGGCCGUGCAGGUCGGGGGCGCCCUGGCAGCCGACCCGCGCAGCCCGUCUGCAGGCCUCUGGUGCCCUGUGUUCUUCGUCUACAUCACCUACACGCUCCUCCCUAUCCGCAUGCGGGCCGCUGUCUUCAGCGGCCUGGGCCUCUCCACCCUGCACUUGGUCUUGGCCUGGCAGCUCAACCGUGGUGAUGCCUUCCUCUGGAAGCAGCUUGGUGCCAACAUGCUGCUAUUCCUCUGCACCAAUGUCAUUGGGAUCUGCACACACUAUCCGGCUGAGGUGUCUCAGCGCCAGGCAUUUCAAGAGACCCGCGGUUACAUCCAGGCCCGCCUGCACCUGCAGCAUGAGAACCGGCAGCAGGAGCGGCUGCUGCUGUCUGUGUUGCCCCAGCAUGUUGCCAUGGAGAUGAAAGAAGACAUCAACACAAAGAAAGAAGACAUGAUGUUUCAUAAGAUCUACAUUCAGAAGCACGACAAUGUCAGCAUCCUGUUUGCAGACAUUGAAGGCUUCACCAGCCUGGCAUCCCAGUGCACUGCGCAGGAGCUGGUCAUGACCCUGAAUGAGCUCUUUGCCCGGUUCGACAAGCUGGCUGCGGAAAAUCACUGCCUCAGGAUCAAGAUCUUAGGGGACUGUUACUACUGCGUGUCAGGGCUGCCAGAGGCCCGGGCAGACCAUGCCCACUGCUGCGUGGAGAUGGGGGUGGACAUGAUUGAGGCUAUCUCGCUGGUGCGUGAGGUGACAGGUGUAAACGUGAACAUGCGCGUGGGCAUCCACAGCGGGCGUGUGCAUUGCGGCGUCCUUGGCUUGCGGAAAUGGCAGUUUGACGUGUGGUCCAAUGACGUGACUCUGGCCAACCACAUGGAGGCUGGGGGCCGGGCCGGCCGCAUCCACAUCACCCGGGCCACACUGCAGUACCUGAAUGGGGACUAUGAGGUGGAGCCGGGCCGUGGUGGGGAGCGCAACGCCUACCUCAAGGAGCAGCACAUUGAGACCUUCCUCAUCCUAGGAGCCAGCCAGAAACGGAAAGAGGAGAAGGCCAUGCUGGCCAAGCUACAGCGGGCGCGGGCCAACUCCAUGGAGGGGCUGAUGCCACGCUGGGUGCCUGACCGUGCCUUCUCCCGGACCAAGGACUCCAAGGCUUUCCGCCAGAUGGGCAUCGAUGAUUCCAGCAAAGACAACCGGGGUGCUCAGGAUGCCCUGAACCCUGAGGAUGAGGUAGACGAGUUCCUGGGCCGGGCCAUUGAUGCCCGCAGCAUCGAUCAGCUGCGCAAGGACCACGUGCGCCGGUUCCUGCUCACCUUCCAGAGAGAGGAUCUUGAAAAGAAGUACUCACGCAAGGUGGACCCCCGCUUUGGAGCCUACGUGGCCUGUGCCCUGCUGGUCUUCUGCUUCAUCUGCUUCAUCCAGCUUGUCGUCUUCCCACGCUCAGCCCUGAUGCUUGGCAUCCACGCCGGGAUCUUCCUGCUGUUACUGGUCACUGUGCUGACCUGCGCCGUGUACUCCUGUGGCUCUCUGUUCCCUGAGGCCCUGCGACGUGUGUCUCGCAGUAUCGUCCGCUCGAGGGCACAUAGCACCGCAGUUGGCAUCUUUUCUGUCCUGCUUGUGUUCACCUCCGCCGUCGCCAGCAUGUUCACCUGUAACCACACCCCCAUACGAACUUGUGCAGCCCGGAUGUUGAAUUUAACCCCUGCCGACAUUACCGCCUGCCACCUGCAGCAGCUCAAUUACUCUCUGGGCCUGGAUGCUCCCCUGUGUGAGGGCACCGCACCCACCUGCAGCUUCCCCGAGUACUUCAUUGGGAACGUGUUGCUGAGUCUCUUGGCCAGCUCUGUCUUCCUGCACAUCAGUAGUAUCGGGAAGUUGGCCAUGAUCUUUGUCCUGGGGCUCGUCUAUCUGGUGCUGCUUCUGCUGGGUCCCCCAGCCACCAUCUUUGACAACUAUGACCUCCUGCUGGGCGUCCAUGGCUUGGCUUCUUCCAAUGAGACCUUUGAUGGGCUGGACUGCCCAGCGGCCGGGAGGGUGGCACUCAAAUACAUGACCCCCGUGAUUCUGCUGGUGUUUGCACUGGCGCUGUACCUGCAUGCCCAGCAGGUGGAGUCCACCGCCCGCCUGGACUUCCUCUGGAAGCUGCAGGCAACAGGGGAGAAGGAGGAGAUGGAGGAGCUCCAGGCCUACAACCGGCGGCUGCUACAUAACAUUCUGCCCAAGGAUGUGGCCGCCCACUUCCUGGCCCGGGAGCGCCGGAACGACGAGCUCUACUACCAGUCCUGUGAAUGUGUGGCUGUCAUGUUCGCCUCCAUUGCCAACUUCUCUGAGUUCUACGUGGAGCUGGAGGCCAACAACGAGGGUGUCGAGUGCCUGCGACUGCUCAAUGAGAUCAUUGCUGAUUUUGAUGAGAUCAUCAGUGAGGAGCGCUUCCGGCAGCUGGAGAAGAUCAAGACAAUUGGUAGCACCUACAUGGCUGCCUCUGGGCUGAAUGCCAGCACCUAUGAUCAGGUGGGCCGCUCCCACAUCACCGCCCUCGCUGACUAUGCCAUGCGGCUCAUGGAGCAGAUGAAGCACAUCAAUGAGCACUCCUUCAACAAUUUCCAGAUGAAGAUUGGACUGAACAUGGGCCCAGUUGUGGCAGGCGUCAUUGGGGCUCGGAAGCCACAGUAUGACAUCUGGGGGAACACAGUGAAUGUCUCAAGUCGAAUGGACAGCACCGGGGUCCCCGACCGAAUCCAGGUGCCAAAGAGAGCAGGCCGGCCAGGGAUGGGGCUGGUGCCAGACUCUGAAGGUCAGGAUCAGGCCACUCUGCCCCCGCGCACUCUUGCUGUCUGCUGCAAGAGACACAGAGCGUCUCUACCCCUUCUGUUGCCAAACAGAAAAGGGCCAGGGCCUGGAGGAAGACGACCUUGAUCCGAAACCCGUCCUCCCAGACCUCUGGCACUGGGGAGGGCCUGUGUGUCUGUGUAACUGUGUGUGCACGGUGGUCCGUGUAUGUGUUUUCCAGGUCUAUGUGUCCUUACGCUCCUGCUCCUCGACUCUCCACCCUGGGUUGCCUCUUUCCUGUGGGCCUCUGUCUUCUGGGAAUAAGGCAGGAUGUCUGAUUUCAAGGGAUGGAGACAGAUGCCCAGUUUGCACAGGAGUGGGAUGGGGUGUGGUAACAAGAGGAGGGUGACUGGAGAGAGGAGGUCUUUUGUGCCAAAUCCCUAAUUGCCUUGUGGGGACCACGUGUGCUCUGCUAGGGCAGGGACCCAAGCGCCUGCUGGAGCCCCCAUGCUCCUUGCACUUGAACGCUCUGGGGUUUGGUGGGCAGAGGCUCAGGAGUCCCCUGGAUUUCCCCAGCUGGUAUCCUGGGAUGUGGUAAGCCUCGGGGCUUAGGUAGCAUGGGACCUCCGAGGACCCAGACUCUGGUACUAGGGGCACGGGGAGGGAAAGCCGGACCUCGGCCGUCCCUAGUCUGCAGCCUGGGCCCAGCGUGCUGCAGGCUCCCCAGUCUCCAUGAAGCCUGCGGGGGGCUGGCAGGAGGAUUAGGAGGGCUGGGCCUUAGAUUCCCUUCUUGUCUGCGCCUGCCUUUCACCCGCUUCCCUGCAGCCUUGCCUCUGGCCUGAAUGAGUCGGUGCCUUGGUUUCUCUGUACCUGUUUAAGCUGAGGCAGUGGCCACAGUUUUGCUUGAAGAUCGCUUUGUCUCAGAGGUGUUAAGAGGCAGAGGGGAGAGGGUCCCAGAGUUGCUGACUUUGGGGACUGGAAGGGGCAGGUGGUACUCUUGCCCUUCCUCAUGCCCUUUCUGACUCUAGUUCCUUGUAGAGGUUGUUUCUGGCUCGUACUGACUGCUCUGGGGGAUCUUCAUGUAUCAACCAAGUGGGCCAUCAGUCACUUCAUUAGCCAAGGCAGGAGAAGAGAAAAGACUAGGUGGUCCAGAUGAAGUCAGCUCCCCUUCCCUCAGCCACAGCCCUGGACAGGAAGGUUCUGCAUGGGGUCCUGGGGUGGGGAGGAGGCUGUGAGAAGGCCAGAGUGGAAGACUGCUUCACUUACAGCGGAAGUGAGUGACUUGUGUCUGCUUCUUGCUAGUGGAAGGGGCCUGUCUGCACCCUGGCUCCCUGCACCACAGUGCCAGCCAUGCAUUUCCCCCGGGCUGAUAUUGCCCCCUUCCUCGCCAGUUGGUGGGGGAGUCAGUGGAUGGGAGGCCCAUGGACUUUGGUUUUAUAACGUAACCAGCGUGGAGGCCGGGGGGAGG